AUGCGCGCGGCAGUGACAGACCCAGCUCUGGCUGCUAUCCUCCAGCGCCGCCGGCUCCUCUCUGAACCACAGCUUGCCCAGGUAGCAACUUGGUCGGAAGAGGACACCUUGACGGAAGAUGCUGGCACGGAAUCAGCCAGUCAGCAGCAUCAUUCGAUGCUCAUACGCCCCGGCAUUGUUCAAGAAGCAUUGACCGCCAUCCAGGAGAGGCCCGCAGGGCCAGCGAAACCCGAUGAUCCGGUGCAAUGCUUCGACAUGGCGACAGAUUCGGAAUCAGAGGAAGAAAGCUGCGCCUCCGACAGUGGCUUGGACCCAGGCCACAUGCCCGCGCAAAGCUCCGAGUCGACUUGCAUCGGUGACGAGGACAUCUCAUCAUGCGGCGAAAGGCCGCGGACCCGCCUUGCUGCCGAUUCGCUGCAGGAUUCCACCCUGGCCGGCGAAGUUCGCGCAGCUGAAUUGAUGACUGGCCUGACCCGAGCAGCGACCGUUGCAGACCUGAGGCUAGCAGUGCAGCAGAGGAUUUCUUCGGAGGAGAACGUCACACUUCUGACUACAUCUGGCGGUGCAUAUGUGCCAUUGCUUGACGACGAAGUCAUCGGCGGCUUAUUCGACGAUGUUGAGGAUGUGGUGAUUCAAGGGCAUGUCUUCGUGCUGUCCGGGCCCAGAUCUGGGGCAGAGGCGACAAGGCCAAGCGUCGUGGAGGCUGAAAAUGCUCAGCUCCGGGCGCAGAUCGCCAUGCUGGAGAGACGAUUGGCAGAAUCGGAAUCUACCCAGAGGGACCAGCAGGUACAAGAACAGGCAGACAAUUCUGUGCAGCUUGUGCCGGAGCCGAUUCCGCUUCAUACUCUGGAUGCUGCAGUGGAGGGCCCAGAAGAAGGUGAACCUCCUGCGAUCGACGACGUCGAAGCCGAGUCCGUUCCAGCGAGUUCAGCUGCUGGGCUCUCCGAGGCCGCGCACUGCCAACCGGCUCCUGAAGCUGCCGCUGCCGAAGCUGCCGCCGAUGUUGCGCCAGCAUCUCCAGAGCCAGAAAGGGAUCCUUCGGCUGCUCCUGGCUUCCAGCCUGGACAAGGCGGCAUGCCUUCGAAGUGUCCCGGAGGUGCGUCCACCAUCCUCGUUUCGUUGCUGUCCAUGCAGUCUCCCGACCAGCCAGCCAUGAAGCUGGAAAUGACUUCGAAGUCAACAAUCGCCGAGCUCAGAGCAGAAGUGAUGCGCGCCUUCUUUAUUGAUGAGCGCACUGCCCGCCGAUUGCGCUUCCUGCGCAAGCGUGGAACCUGCUACGUGUCCUUCAAGGAGGCGGAACGAGUUCGGGAGAAAAUUUUCCUGCAUGACCCUGACAUUCGAGCUUUGUCCGGCCCCAAACUUCGCGUCGCUGACAGUGUUGGUGGUAGCCCGAUCGUCGGCCAGAACAGCGUUGGCUUGGAGCACAACUUGCCCUUAGGGUUGGACGAGAACAUUCGCAGCUUCAUCUUGCACACUUUUGCGCGGAUGAGCACGGAAGAGCGCACCGCUUGGAACGCCCUGCCCAAGUUCGUAAUCUGGACAAUGUGGUUUGACAUCAUGUCCAGCCCUUUGUUCCAGAAGUGCCUGGACCCUGUGUUCCGCCAGAGCGUUUUCGGCCUUGACUUUGACAAGAAGGCACCAAUGCAUGUCGCGAAGGACGACAAGGUCCUCAAAGAGUACGCCUUCCACAAGAAGCAGCUGAUUUCCGUCUGGUUUCAGGACGAGCCUGUGAGGCCGACGCCUGACAAGGCUGAGGUGAGCUGCCAGCAAGCGGUGCAGUCGGUUCGGCAGGAGCACUACGUACUUGAUGAUGGUGGGCUGUUCGAUUUCGAUGCACUUGACGAAGUUGAGCUGGCCGGGCAAGCUUCGUAG